GUCAUCCGCAUUCACAUGGGGGAGGCGGGGGCCUCGGCCUGAAACCCCCGCCCGGGGAGGGGAGACAGCGAUCCCAUAAAGCCGCCCCCCCUCCCCCUCUCCCCUCCAACCCAGCUCCGCGCGGCCAUGACUUCGGCCGAGCAGACCGUUACGUGGCUGAUCGCCCUGGGCGUGCUGGAGUCGCCCAAGAAGAGCAUCGCCGACCCCGAGGGCUUCCUGCAGUCCUCCCUGAAGGACGGCGUGGUGCUGUGCCGCCUGCUCGAGCGCCUGCUGCCGGGAUCCAUCGAGAAAGUGUACCCGGAGCCGCGCACGGAGGGCGAGUGUUUGAGCAACAUCCGCGAGUUCCUGCGGGGCUGCGGUGCCUCGCUGCGCCUGGAGACUUUCGAUGCAAAUGACCUGUAUCAGGGUCAGAACUUCAGCAAAGUCCUCAGCUCUCUGGUUGCUUUAAAUAAAGUGACUGCAGACAUAGGGCUGGGCAGUGACUCUGUAUGUGCACGUCCCUCAUCUUAUCGGAUAAAAUCUUUUGAUUCUCUGGGAUCUCAGUCUUUACACAGUAGAACUUCAAAGCUCUUUCAGGGCCAGUAUCGGAGUUUGGACAUGACAGAUAACAGCAACCAUCAGUUGGUGGUGAGAGCAAAAUUUAAUUUUCAGCAGACAAAUGAAGAUGAACUUUCUUUUUCAAAAGGAGAUAUUAUUCAUGUAACAAGAGUGGAAGAAGGAGGCUGGUGGGAAGGAACUCUAAACGGCAAAACGGGGUGGUUUCCAAGUAACUACGUACGAGAAAUAAAAUCAAAUGAAAAGCCAGUCUCCCCCAAAUCAGGUACAUUGAAGAGUCCACCUAAAGGCUUUGAUACAUCUGCAAUCAACAAAAGCUAUUACAAUGUGGUGCUACAAAAUAUAUUAGAAACAGAAAAUGAAUAUUCUAAGGAGCUACAGACAAUGCUUUCGAACUACCUGCGACCAUUACAAGCCAGUGAAAAGUUAAACUCGACAAACACUUCAUACUUAAUGGGAAAUCUGGAAGAAAUAAGUUCUUUUCAGCAGAUGCUUGUACAGUCUUUAGAAGAAUGCACCAAGUUGCCUGAAGCUCAGCAGAGGGUUGGAGGAUGUUUUCUAAAUUUGAUGUCACAAAUGAAAAGCUUAUACCUUGCCUACUGUGCCAAUCAUCCAUCAGCAGUAAAUGUUCUCACAGAACAUAGUGAGGAGCUAGGAGAAUUCAUGGAGGUGAAAGGUGCCAACAGUCCUGGGAUCCUUGUACUGACCACAGGCCUCAGCAAACCUUUUAUGCGUCUGGAUAAAUACCCCACGUUACUCAAAGAGCUUGAAAGGCACAUGGAGGAUUAUCAUCCAGAUCGUCCAGAUAUUCAAAAAUCCAUGACAGCCUUCAAAAACCUUUCUGCACAAUGUCAAGAAGUACGGAAACGGAAAGAACUUGAACUACAAAUAUUAACAGAAGCAAUCCGCUGUUGGGAGGGGGAAGAUAUUAAAACGCUUGGCAAUGUGAUCUACAUGUCCCAGGUCAUGAUUCAGUGUGCUGGAAGUGAGGAAAAGAAUGAAAGGUAUCUUCUUCUCUUCCCUAACAUUUUGUUAAUGUUGUCUGCCAGCCCAAGAAUGAGUGGGUUCAUUUAUCAGGGGAAGCUACCAAUGACUGGAAUGACUAUCACAAAGCUAGAAGACAGUGAAAACCAUAAAAAUGCAUUUGAAAUAUCAGGAACUAUGAUUGAAAGGAUAUUAGUGUCAUGUAACAACCAACAAGAUUUGCAUGAGUGGGUCGAUCACCUGCAGAAACAAACCAAAGUCACAACUGUUGGGAAUCCCACCAUUAAACCUCAUUCUGUGCCAUCUCACACACUUCCUUCCCAUCCAGUGACACCCUCCAGCAAGCACUCGGACAGCAAGCAGAUACCACUGACUCCUGCAUAUCACACUCUCCCUCAUCCGUCACAUCAUGGGACUCCACAUACCACGAUAAACUGGGGACCUCUGGAACCUCCUAAAACACCCAAGCCCUGGAGUCUGAGCUGUUUACGGCCCGCACCUCCACUACGGCCUUCAGCAGCGCUUUGUUACAAAGAGGAUCUAAGUAAGAGCCCUAAAACCAUGAAAAAGCUGCUUCCCAAACGCAAGCCAGAACGGAAGCCAUCAGAUGAAGAAUUUGCACUGAGAAAAAGUACAGCUGCUUUAGAAGAAGAUGCUCAAAUUCUUAAAGUCAUUGAAGCAUAUUGCACAAGUGCCAAAACACGUCAAACACUAAACUCAACAUGGCAAGGCACUGACCUGAUGCAUAAUCACGUCUUGGCUGAUGAUGACCAAUCAAGUCUAGACUCCUUGGGUCGUCGCAGUAGUCUUUCUCGUUUGGAGCCUUCAGACCUCUCAGAAGACUCUGACUAUGACAGUAUAUGGACAGCCCAUAGUUACAGAAUGGGGUCUACAUCUCGUUCCCGCAAAGAAUCAGCUCCUCAAGUCCUGCUUCCAGAAGAAGAGAAAAUCAUUGUAGAAGAAACUAAAAGUAAUGGUCAGACUGUUAUAGAAGAGAAAAGCCUUGUUGACACAGUAUAUGCAUUAAAGGAUGAAGUACAGGAGUUAAGACAGGAUAACAAAAAGAUGAAGAAAUCAUUAGAAGAAGAACAGAGAGCUCGCAAGGACUUGGAGAAGCUUGUUAGAAAAGUUCUAAAGAACAUGAAUGAUCCAUCUUGGGAUGAAACCAAUUUAUAACUAUUUUUUUUCUUUCUAUUGAAAGACCAGUUGUAAAACUGAGCUGGGAAGCCUUCUGACAUUAGUCAGUGUUGCAUCAAGAGCACUACAAAACAGGAUUUAACUGGAUCUGGUGAUUUCUUGCUCUGAACAUAUAGAAACAGUCAAGCCAUUCACUGAAGCAAUCUGUACACUAGGUGUUGGAGACUGUGGAUCCUGAACUCUACUAAACUUAAUUUGUUUGCAUCUAAAUUACCUCAUUUUGCAGAAAGUGCAGCAUCUGACUAAAAGUCCAUGUUUUUCAGUGGCUUUUUAAUUAAAUAUAUAUAUUUUUCUUGUAAAUAUCUGUAAUUUUGAAUGCAUAUGUGGUUGGUAUAUCAGGGCUGAUAUGUUGUUCUUUUCCUUCUUGUUCUUACAACGGUCACAAGUGUUAGAAAGGUGGCAGUACUGUCUUAGCUAAGAAGGGUCAGAGUUCUUUGUGGCUAAUUAUGGAUUUGCUCCAAAAUGCUCACUCGUCACACAUGCAAAUUUAAAAACUUGUUUUUCUUAUUGACCAGUGUAUUUAAAUCCUUUCCUGUUAUUUAUGUCUGCACAUACGUUUGAAGCAGUUUACAAUUGCUUAGAAACAGUAUUAAACUACAGGAAAUUGUUUAUUGAUGGUGAAAACCAAAUUUAACGACACUAAUGCCCACCAUUUAUGUUCAUGUACUUUUAUUUGGCAGACUAAUCUGUUGUGCUUUGGCCACCAGAAGACUGAUGUACUUGCCUGCUUUUUGACUGUGAUUUUUUAGGUGUUUAUGUACUACUUUUUUUUUGUUGUUGUGCUUAAGCGUACAGCUGGCUGGUAAUUUAAUGGAUCAUACAGUUUGUUAAAGCAAAAAAAAAAAAAAAAAAAAAUCAAUCUAAUCCAUAAUUUUGUGAAUAAACUGUUGCUAUUUAUUUUUUAUGGUCACAACAAUUAAAUUCUAGCUAACUUUUUUUUUUUUUUUGCAUAAGGUGCAUGGGCCAGGGCAAACUU